GCUCGAGUAUCAUUAACACCCCCUGCAACUCAAGCAGCAAGCUUACAGAAGUGGGAUGAUAGAUGCUGAGGGAAAAGGAUCAGCACAUAAAGGGAGACAGGUACCUCGGCGUCUUAACUUCAUUCUCAAGGGAGAAAAUGAAGAAGCUUGUCUAACAACACUGCCUGAUUGACACAGCGGAGGAGGCGAGAGCUCCCCGCUAGCAGCAGCUCGCGGGGGGAGCCGUGAUGGUACGCGUUACGCUGCGCGGAGCAAAGGAGCCGUUUACAAGUGCAAGAGAAGCCCUUUCACCGAUCCCCAGCGCCGCCGGUACGAGAAGGGCUGGGCCACGUCAGCAUCCGCCGCUCACCGCAGCCCCACCCGACGAAGUCGCCGCCGCCGCCGGAAGCCUCAACCCCGGUCCGGCUCCGCCCUCCUCCAGCCGCGUGACCGGCGCCAGGCGCUGCGCUCGGCCGCCCGUUAGGGGAGGAGCCGGUGCCGUUCGUUUCCCGGCGGCGCGGCGAGGAAGGCAGGCUGCUGUUGCCGCCCCGCCGUGCCCGUUGCUUUCCUUUGGGGAGAAGGAGAGCUGGGCGAGAGAAGCGGUUGCUCCCUGCCCGCCUCUCAGCGGCGCCCGCCCGGGAUGUCUUUGUCGGAGCGGGAGGGCGGCGGAGCUUUGGCGUGACGGCAUGGCCGCGGAGCUCGGCUGCGGGGGAGAGCCGGAUCAGAAGCUAGGCAUUGCCUUGGAGCAGGAUGAAGCAGAUGAGAUUUUGAGUAGUGCUGCUGAGAAAAGCGUCGCCGGAGGUGAUGGCAUAUCCAGAUCCAGGAUGAUGGACCAAAGCUUGAUAACAAAAAGCAUAGAGUAUGAAAAGUGUUUGGAAGAAAUGAGGGAGCAGCUGCAGAUUUAUCAGGUGCAGAUGAGUGAGAUGAGACAGAAGUUUGAACAAGUCACCACGGAGAACAGGAGGCUGCAUGCAGAGUUGAAAGAGGCUCUUGAGAUGCAGCUGGAUGCUCUUCCUUUUAUGCCCAUGGGAACUGCGAUUCCUGCAGAUGAAGAAAUAGUGAGAAACCUUCAGGAACAGCUCCAACUGACUAAUCAGGAAAAAGAACAAGCAAUAGAGCUCUGGCAGACUGUAUCACAGGAGCUUGAUCAACUCCAGCAGCAGCACCAGGAACACAUGACUCAAACACAGAUUCACAUGGCUGAAAGACUGAAACAGCAAGUAACUUUCAUGGACGUUUUUGUUAGUUUUGGAAUGCCUUCAUACACUGCAGAGAUUUUGCAUCUGUGUGUAGCCAAACAGAAGUACAGUUUGUACCAGUAUCAUAGAGUCAUCAUAAAGCCAUAGGAUGGAUUGGGUUGGAAUGGACCUCAAGGAUCAUUACGUUCCAUCCCUCUGCCACAGGCAGGGUUGCCAACCAGUAGAUCAAGUACUAGGCCGGGCUGCCUAGGGCUCAUCCAACGGGGCCUUGAACUGCUCCAGGGACAGGGCGUCCACAGCCUCUCGGGGCAGCCUGUUCCAGCACCUCACCACUCUCUCAGUGAAAAACUUCCCCCCGACAUUCUCAUCUAAAUCUUCCCUCCUUGAGUUUAAAUCCAUUCCCCCUUUUCCUAUCACUUAUUUACCCACGUAAAAAGUUGAUUUCCCUCAUGUUUAUAAGCUCACUUUAGAUACUGGAAGGGCCAUAAUGAUGUCUCCCCGCAGCCUUCUCUGCUCCAGUCUGCACAAGCCCAGCUCCUGCAGCCCAUCUUCACAGGAGAGGUUCUCCAGCCCUCUGAUCAUCUUCGUGGCUCUCCCCUGGUCCCGUUGUUGAUUGUUUUCUGCAAUAGUUGUUAUCAAAAGUGGAGUGAUCAGAUGUAGCCAGCGAUUCAACAGUCAAAAGGACAGUUGGGGUUGGAAAGUUGGUUUCAGAUAUGUGGGCAGUAACUUAGGGAGUGCACCGUGUGCGUUUUGGUGCAUGUAGAGAAGUACACGAGAUAGACAAAUAUAAAUAAUCAUCCUGCUGUUGUUCAAUUCAAAUAUAAGUAGUUUCACUUACCUGUUGUCAUUCAAUAGAGAAGCUGAAUAAACAGCUGAAAAAUGGAGGUUGCUAAUCUCCAAUGUUAGUGUUUAGCAUUGCGUCUCUUCAGCUGCUCCUUGGGAAGCCUUUGAGCUAUUUGUUAGUGUCUUAGCUUGCUAAGUUAACUGGUUACACUUCAGGAAAUUUUCUUUCAGAGGGAUAAAUUAGGCUGUAAGAAGCUGUUUUGCUCUGAGCUGUAAAGAGUGCUCAGCAUUCAAAGAGCUCAUAAACUUCACGUGUACGUGUAGCUCACCACAGCUAUAUUCAAUGUAUAAAAUCUAUAAAAUCCGCACCGCGUUUUCAAGUGCGUUA